AUGCAAAUACCACGCAAAAGGAAGAAACCAAUUUUUAGACGACUCAGGGAAUACAUAGGCAGUAUUACAGGUAAAACACAGGUUAUUUCGGGUAUUCCCGGUGAGAAUGGAGCACGUAUCAUACAUAUCAACAAUGCUGCUAUGAAUAACGAGCAAGGUUUUCUACAUAACGCCAUUACGACUGGAAAGUACAAUGUGUUUACCUUUUUACCAAGAUUUUUGUAUGAAGAGUUUUCAAAGUAUGCCAAUCUUUUUUUCUUAUUUGUGUCAUGUAUUCAGCAAAUUCCAGAUGUAUCACCUACUUCACGAUGGACUACACUUGUGCCCUUGGUGAUUGUAUUAUUUAUUACAGCAGUGAAAGAAAUAAUUGAAGAUUGGGGUGUUCAUCGCUCCGAUGCAGAACUUAAUUCUAAAAAAUGUAAAGUGCUGGAAGGAACAGAGUUCGUAACAAAAAAGUGGAAGAAUGUCAAAGUAGGUGAUAUAUUACGUGUAGAAAGUGGCGAGAACUUUCCUGCCGAUUUGAUCUUAAUGAGCAGUUCAGAACCAGAAGGCCUCUGUUACAUCGAAACUAGUAAUUUAGAUGGUGAGGUCAACUUGAAGAUCAAACAGGCCUUACCACAAACCGCGAAUAUUCUCAAUCCAGCAGAUAUGAGCCGACUACAAGGUGUUAUCAAAUCGGAACAGCCAAACAAUCGAUUAUACAACUAUGAUGGUACUCUAUCGCUCAAUUCAUACGGAGCUCAACGUCAGGAUUAUGCUUUAACCCCUACUCAAUUGCUUCUAAGAGGAGCCCAACUCAGAAAUACAUCUUGGAUUUAUGGUCUUGUUGUUUUUACAGGCCAUGAAACCAAACUCAUGCUAAAUUCCAGUAAAAAGCCCUCCAAGGUAUCCAAUGUCACACAUAUCACCAACCAGAACAUCAUGUAUUUAUUUUGGAUUUUAGUGGGUAUGAGUUUUGCUGGUGCUCUUGGUGGUGUCUUAUUUUCCAAAUUCAAAGGUGAACAAGCAACCUACCUACCUUUGCACUCGAUGACCUAUGGACAAGAAUUUGGUUACGACAUCUUGACUUUCCUGAUUUUAUUCAAUUCGUUCAUUCCUAUCAGUUUAAUGGUGACUAUGGAAGUGGUAAAAUUUAUUCUAUCUUAUCUUAUCGAAAAUGAUUUGGACCUCUAUUACGACAAAACAAAUACGCCUGCCACAGCUAGAAGCAGUAGCUUAAUUGAAGAAUUGGGACAGGUCAAAAUCAUUUUCUCUGAUAAAACGGGUACUUUGACAUGUAAUGAAAUGCAAUUUCGGCAAGUAUCCAUUGGCGGAUUAUACUAUGCUGAUGAAGUAGAGCCCGACAAACAAGCCAGGGAAGGAGCAGAAGGUCAAGAUCCUACAAUGCAAUACACCUUUGAUCAACUGCAAGAGCAUUUGAACACACAUUCCACGGCCAAUGUCAUCAAUGAAUUUCUGACUUUAUUAGCGGUUUGCCAUACCGUUAUUCCUGAACGCCAAAAUGAUGGUGAGAUUGUAUAUCAGGCAUCAUCGCCUGACGAAGGCGCCCUAGUGAAAGGGGCAGCCUCGCUGGGUUAUCAAUUCCACACGCGUCGACCGAAUUCUGUCACCUGCACCAUUCGUGGCCAAGAUCAAGAGUUCCAAGUGCUAAAUAUUUGUGAAUUCAAUUCUUCUCGUAAACGUAUGUCGGCUAUCAUUCGGGGCCCUGAUAACCGUAUCAAAUUAUAUUGUAAAGGUGCUGAUACUGUUAUUUUGGAACGUUUGGCUCCAGAAAAUCCGUUUACUGAACCCACUUUACUUCACUUGGAAGAAUGUGCUUCGGAAGGUCUCCGCACACUUUGUAUUGCUAUGAGAGAAAUUCCUGAAGAGGAGUAUGCUCGCUGGUCGCAGAUUAUGGAAUCAGCGUCUACUACACUAGUAAAUCGUGCGGAGGAAUUGGACCGUGCAGCUGAAAUGAUUGAAAAAGAUUUGUUUUUGCUGGGUGCUACGGCUAUUGAGGAUCGACUUCAGGAUGGUGUGCCUGAAACGAUCCAUACUUUACAAGAAGCUGGUAUCAAUGUUUGGGUGUUAACGGGUGAUCGUCAAGAAACAGCUAUCAAUAUUGGCUAUUCGUGUAAAUUGUUGAAUGAGGAUAUGAGUUUGAUUGUGUGUAAUGAAGAUAAUCAUUGGGAAACAAGAAGCUUUUUGGAGAAAAAGCUAAGAGAUAUCAAUGAUCUGAUCACAAGAGGGGAAGAUUUGGAGCCUUUGGCAUUAGUCAUUGAUGGUAAAGCGUUAUCAUUCGCGCUUGAAAAAGAUAUUGAAAAGAUCUUUUAUGACCUCGCCAUUCUAUGUAAAGCUGUUAUUUGUUGCCGUGUAUCACCACUUCAGAAAGCUUUGGUAGUCAAAUGUGUCAGGCGUUACGAUAAUUCAAUUUUGCUGGCUAUUGGUGAUGGUGCAAAUGAUGUAUCCAUGAUUCAAGCUGCUCAUGUUGGUGUCGGUAUAAGUGGUGUAGAAGGUCUCCAAGCUGCCCGCAGUGCUGACUUUGCUAUUUCACAGUUCAGAUUCCUCAAGAAGUUAUUGCUUGUACAUGGUGCUUGGGCUUAUCAACGUUUGAGCAAGAUGAUUUUCUAUUACUUUUAUAAAAAUGUCGCUCUUUAUCUCACACAAUUUUGGUAUGGCUUCUACAAUGGCUUUUCUGGCACAACCCUUUACGAAUCGUGGACCAUGUCAAAUUUCAAUGUCUUCUUUACGUUUUUGCCUCCUGUGGUGAUUGGUGUUUUUGACAAGAUUGUUUCAUCCCGUAUGCUUGAUAGAUAUCCUCAAAUGUAUACACUUGGACAAAAGAAUGUAUUUUUCAAUCAAAAGAAAUUUUGGGGCUGGAUGGCGAACGCCGCCUUUCACUCUUUGGCUUUGUUUUUCUUGGGUGUCGGAGCCUUCAGAUCUGAAGGUGUGUUCAAAAAUGGCAUGAUUUGCGGUCAUUGGUGGGCAGGAACAGCUGUCUUUACAGCUGUCCUUGCUUGCAUUCUAUGGAAAGGUGCCCUCAUUGUAGAUGUUUGGACAAAGUACACUGUAAUGGCUAUGAUUGGCUCUAUGGCAAUUUGGUUUUUAUACAUGUUACUUACAGAUUAUAUUGGUUCCAGUAUAUCCGUCAAUACAUUGCCUGAGUAUUACGGAAUGAUACCUAUGUUAUGGGGUAACGUGAAUUUCUGGCUAUUCCUCAUCAUUAUUCCAUUUAUUUGUAACCUGCGUGAUAUUGUUUGGAAGUAUGGACAACGUGUCUUUUGGCCUAUGCCGUAUCACCAUGUACAGGAAAUCCAAUUCUACAAUUUGCCAGAUUACAGACCAAGGAUGGAUCGAUUUAGGCAAGCUGUUAAUAAAGUACGUCGAAUCCAGAGACUCAAGCGUAAUCGCGGUUAUGCAUUCUCGCAAAAUGAAACAGAUCAAACCAAGAUCAUUCGAGCAUACGAUACAACACAACAGAAGCCAACUGGUUAA